UCACGAUAACGGAACCUUUACUCAUUUGAAUGAACUUCAUGGGUGGGAUGCGCAACAUUUGUUGUUGUUGUUGGGUUAGUCUGAGCCGGAGGAUGGGCGAGUCCACUUCCUUAUCUCCCCUUAAUAUGCCCUCCCCCACUCCCCCCCCACCAUUGACUGCGGAGAAUGAGAAACCUUUGGACAGGGAGAGGAGCCAGAUAAUAAACCCCAAUGAUUAAAGAUUGAGACCCGCGGAGAGAAACAUGUCGGUGGCCUUUGCAUCUGCCCGUCCUAGAGGCAAAGGGGAGGUCACUCAGCAAACUAUCCAAAAGAUGCUAGAUGAAAACCAUCACUUAAUUCAGUGUAUUAUGGACUACCAGAGUAAGGGCAAGACUGCAGAAUGUACUCAGUACCAACAAAUACUACACAGAAAUUUGGUUUAUUUGGCAACAAUAGCAGACUCUAACCAGAACAUGCAGUCAUUGCUUCCUGCCCCACCAACGCAAAACAUGAAUCUUGGGCCAGGAGGAAUGCCUCAGAGUGGAUCCAAUCAAUCUAUCCAUUCCCAGAGCAAUCUCAGUGAUGCCAUUGGAACAGGCCUCCCACCAUCCUCUCUUAUGCAGAGUCAGAUUAGCAAUGGUCCUAACCAUGUGUCCAUGCAGCAAUCAGGACAAAACACAAUGCCAACAACUUCUAUGAGCAUGACAGUCAGCAGCCAUGGGACGGGACCAGGGUAUAGCCACACUGUGCCUGCUUCUCAAAAUGUGCCAAUGCAGGGCCAAGGAUCCAUAGGGAAUUAUGUAUCUAGAACCAAUAUCAACAUGCAGUCCAACCCAGUCUCCAUGAUGCACCAGCAAGCAGCUACAUCCCAUUACAAUUCUGCACAAGGUGGAAGCCAGCAUUACCAAGGACAGUCCUCUAUUGCAAUGAUGAGUCAAAGCAACCAAGGAAGCAGCAUGAUGGGUCAGCGACCAAUGGGUCCAUACCGCCCUUCACAGCAAGGUUCUUCUCAGCAGUAUAUGGGACAAGAAGAGUAUUACAGUGAGCAAUACAGCCAUGGUCAAGGUGCAUCUGAGCCAAUGAACCAGCAAUAUUAUCCAGAUGGACAUGGUGAUUAUGCAUAUCAGCAGUCAUCUUACACUGAACAGAGCUAUGAUAGGUCAUUUGAGGAUUCUACUCAGCAUUACUAUGAAGGAGGAAAUUCUCAGUAUAGCCAGCAGCAGGCUGGAUAUCAGCAGGGAGCUGCCCAACAACAGACGUAUUCACAGCAGCAAUACCCAAAUCAACAGAGCUACCCAGGACAGCAACAAGGAUAUGGUCCUGCUCAAGGAGCUUCAUCACAGUAUUCCAGCUACCAACAAGGACAGGGACAACAGUAUGGAAGCUAUAGAGCUUCUCAAACAGGACCAUCUGCCCAACAACAGAGGCCUUAUGGUUAUGAACAGGGCCAGUACGGGAAUUAUCAGCAAUAAGGGACAAGCUUCUUUGGUGGAUUCAUUUCAGUGCUAUGUUCAUCUUUGGAACUCGAUGUACAGAAGGUUUUGACUAAUUGUAAUAUGUUGGUUAUUCCUUAGCACAAAGCAGUGUCUGUAUGUGAACAGUGUUCAUUUCAUGCCGGUGAUGAAGCAGUGCACUAUACUGGUAAAGAGACAAUGCUUUAAUGGUCUGAUAUAUUUGGUGCUGUGUAUAGUAUUGUAUGUUGCUACAAUGCAACUUUUUUUUUUUCUUUUUUCCUUCUUCUUCUUCCCAUUCUUGAUGUUUCUAAAUAGCUUUAGGGGUCAUUUUAUCAUCAGAGUUUUUUGUGCCCAAUUAUGGGAAACAUCUAGGAUAUCCUGCAAUCCAUGUAUUUAUAGAAAUGGACCUUAGGUCUAAUUUCUCUAUCCAUCCUAAUGUAGGUUAGGAACUUCUGUUUAGCUGAAUGCAAUGCAGCUCGUCCAUGGCUUAUGGUUGCCUCUGAAAUAUAUGCCUCUUAACUGUACUACUUUAGAGGCAAAGGCAUUCUUUGUGGUAUGUCACUUUCCAUGCUACACAAUGAAAAAGAGAAAUGUUUCGUUUACUGGAAAUAUUAUGAACAGUAGUUUCCAGUGCUUACUAAUUACCCAUGUCACAUCCUGAUUUAGUCUGUCCAACAAGGUCUACAUUUUCGCAUUAAAAGGUAAAGAGGGAUCAUUUAUUCAAAAUAAUCUGACUCCACAGAGGUGUCUUAGUGGACAAUAUAGAUUGAGGAGUAUGGUAUGAAGGGAAAGAAAAGAUGUUCUUAGGGAAUUGGUCCAUUAAAGCAAAAUAAUAUUGCUUUAUUCUAUGUUGAUCUAAUUAAACAUUUCUGACAUUUGAAUUUUUAAAUGUGCUAGAUCUACAUUUAUAGAUACUUUUAAAUAUUAAUGCCAAAUUUUCCUGUCAAGUAGUUAGUUGAUUCUUUGUAUAUUAUUUCUUCCAAGGUAGUUCAGAUCUCCAAGCAAAUUUUGUAGUCUUAAUUAAAGAUGUAUUUCUGGGCUAAGUUUAUUUUGCCCCUCUUUUCCUACAGGGAACCUUGACUUAAUUGAAAUAUAAAUCAGGCAAAAAAAAAAAAAAAAGAAUAAAUGUUCCCCUUUGGCAAUUCAUAUUCUACUGUGAACAUGUUGAAAAAUAGAAAUCUGAAAAUUUAUAUGGUGAAUUGUAGCUAGCUUAGUUUCUAAGUGAAGAGUUCCUGAAAUCUGCAUAAACAAUACAGAGUAACUCAUUUUGAACAAUUUUAUUAAAGAAAAAACUUGAAUAAAUUUCUAAUAUCAUAUAUGUUUGAGUAUGAUCAAACUUUAUUUGGAUAAUAAAAUUUUUAUUUAAUAGGAAAAUAAAAAGAACUGGGGAAAUACUUCAACUAAAUACAAUCUUUAGAUUAGAACAAAAUAUAACCUGAAGGAAAUAUCAUCUUUUUUAUAUAUGUUAAUUCUGGUGGAGAUAGUCUUUUUUAUUAUUGUUACAGGUUUAUAUUUUGAAAACUCAAAAUUAGAAAAAUAGAUAUGUCAAGAUAUAUACAUUUGUUUUCUUUCUUUCAGAUAACAGUGGAUUGGGAUCCCAGAAUUUUAGAGCUAGGUCACAGAAUUUUAGAGCUAGAAGGAACCUUAGAGAUUACCUAAUCUAGCUCUUAUUUUACAGAUGGAGAAGCUGAGGGCCCAGUAAGAGAAAUGACUUGCAUUAGAUCACACAUGUAGUUAGUGGCAGAUUAGGAAGUAGAAGCUAGGUCUUCUGACUCCCAGACCAGUGUUUUUCCAAUUGUACUUCACUGCCUUUCACCCAACUAAUCAACAAAUACAUCAGUUGAUAAAAUUGAUCAACAAAGAGUAUUUGAUUGUUUGGAACUGUAUGAAAAAAAGGAUUGCUUUUUUCCAACCUGACUUUCAUUCAUCCUUGGUAGAUUUGGAGGCAAAAAAUAGUUCUUAAAGCUCAUACUCCCUUGACUCCUUUUUGUUACACACACUAGAUUUUCCAGUAGUAGUACUUCCAGUUCUUCAUUGUGUUAUCUCUGCAGUAUAGGUUAUACACAAAGUAUAUAACUCAACUUUAGUAUAAGUUGAGGUGAUUUGUGGGUAUAGACAAUUUAAAACAAGUAGAUACCAGCUUUGAGAACUAAAGUUAUCCACAAAUCGUAAGGCAUUGGUUUACUGAGUUUAUUUCAUUAUUGCUCUGGGGUUAUUAUAUUAGCAGAUCAGGUUACACAAAAGCGCUUAGUCAUUUAGUAUCAUAUAACUUAAAGCUGGAAGGUACCCCAAAUCUGGUGUUCUUCCUUCUAUACUAUGCUUCCAGUCAUUACAGCCCAUAGCUGCUUCACAGUACUUGGAGAGCCUUUUGGUAUGUGACAAAAACCAGUACCUUGGAUUUUUUCAGCCAUACUUAUUGUCCAACUUUGCUGUCAUUCCUAUCGCUUCCAUUUUACUUUUAAAGGCUUUCCAUCAUCUUAUCCAUUUCUUUCAUGUUCAUUAAAUUUCAGAAAGGUAAAAGAUCCCCAAGAAUAACCUGCAUUCAAAGUUGGGAUCUAAUUUUCAACUUCCUUGUCAGAUUGUUAUCUAAUACCUAUCUGAAUAUUUCUUGGUACUGGGAAUGCAUCACCUCAGAUUUCCAUCCAUUUCUAUCUUUAGUCAACUCUAGAAAGCUCUUCCUUUUUAGGUUGCUUUUUGUUUGACCUUACAUUAUCUGUCCUAAAUGUUACUUGAAUUCUGCCAUUGCUGAAUUAAAAGUUUUUGCUAAAAAUGUUACAAGAAAUUGAAUUUAAGGGACCUGUCCCUUGUGGUUUUGCCAUUUCUUUCCCUUCAUCACAAUUGUUAAACAACUAAUUUGAAAAUUCCCAUUGAAAAUAUUUAAAGAUUUAGAUAGCAAAGAAGAUGCAAUUUAUUUUGCUUCUUGCCAACAUGGAAAUAUGCCUCUUAUGUACAUUUUUUAAGUGCUGAAAAAUGCUUUUGAGAGAAAAGGACAUUUUAAAAAUACAUUGCCACUACUGUACCAGUCUGAAAUGUCUUACAUUAAGAAUUUCUUGAAUGUUGUGUAUAUAUUUAAAAGAGCACUUUGGAAAAUAGUUUAUACAUUUAUUUCCUAAUUUAUACAUGAUUUUUUGGUGUUAAUAUUUCUAACUAUUAAUAACAAAUGUUUAUUUAAUGUGUUGUCCAUUUUUAUGUAUUUUUGUGGGAAGGAAAAGUAAUGCCAGCAAUUCUGACUUUUUCAUCAAUUGUAUCACAACUUCUGUAAUAUUGAAUGUUUAAAAAAAAGGCUUAGGCUAAAAUGACUUGCUCGUGGAGUGUGUUGAUGGUACUUUUUUUUUUUUUUAAAUAAACUAGUAACUAAAGACCAGUAAAAAAGGAGUUGGGGACUUUGGGAAAUGGAUGCCCACACUCACCCCUUAUUGUCUGACAGAUCACAAUAAUGCAUUUGAGAAAUGGUGGUGACAGUUUUCAGAAUUGUUGAAAAAAUGAGAUUGUUAUGCAAAGAUCAUCAUGCAUCGUAGUUUUGUGUUGAUCCGUGUCUUUUGAUGAUAUAACUUUAGAAUAUUACAAAUAAUAUAAGGAACUCAUUUCAAAAGCCAUUGUUAAAGGUAUCAUGGUGGGAAAAGGCUUUCUAGAAAUGUGAAGGAAGCCUUAAUAUGUUUAUAUAGAUGGAGACUAAGUGGACCUCUGAUUUUGUCAGAUAUUUUAUAGAGAUGAGUCUGUAGCAUCCAUUCAUUAUUGUAAAAAGAAGAAAAGUGUUCUCAUUUUCAUUUGAAAAUUUAUUGCCAUUACUACAUUCCUGUUUAUUGAACAAAUCAGUUUAGUCUCUGUCAAUUGUGAAUACAGUACAUUUUUCAGUAAUCAUCUUGAUUGUUAGUUGGUUUUUUUCCCUGUCAGAUUUGAGUUUGGUGUACAAAUGGAGUUUAUGCUUUUGAUGUAACCUAUUAAUAAACUGGUUCUUCUAAAAAUCACA